AGGCCCCAGUGUCUGGAAGUAUCCACACCAUGCAGUUCAGGGUUCAGCAUCCAAUUAAUAACUAAAUCCUCCAAAAGCAUUUUCUCCCUUAUAUGGAAUAGAUAACUGUCAUCUCCACAUCUCCAUGAGCAAUUUUUGGAUGCAUGUCCUCCACCAGAAUGUAUAUGGGUUCUUUUCUAUAUGGAAAUUGCAGUUGAACGUGAAACCUGUGACAACAGAAUGUUUCCAGAUGCUUUAAACCAUUGAAAUGGGACUGAUUCCAAUUAUUUUAGACCACAGAGAGGAUUUUGCACAAAAAAACAUUUUGUACAGAUCUGAUGUAUGCAUGAUAAAUGGCGUAUACACUAUCUCGGUGGAAUUGGAUGUGUUUUCAUCAAACUCCUUUCACUUGUAACGUGACUUUUUGGUACCUUUUUUUUAAUUAUAUUAAAACAGUAAUACAGUUCAUUGAGACAGUUUUCUUCAUCCUGCUGCCAUUGUUCCUGGCAGUCUUUACUCACUUUCCACAGAACAGUGCAGAAUGAGCUUGCCUAAUUUUUCAUCUAAAACUGUAAUGGCUGCUUUGCUUUUUCAUAAGUUAAGAAAACAUUUCAGAUGCCUUCCUGUGAGGCAUAUACAGUUGUCAAAAAUUUUGUGGCACAGCUGUCUGACUGACAAGAGGGUUUCAACACCUACUGUGCUGGGAUGCAUGGCUUACUGGCGGCAGAUUUUUGAAGAGAAUGACAUUCCAGAGCCCCAACAUUCUGCUGAAUACAUCAUUGCACAUGUCCUGAGAAUUAAAACAUUUCAGAGUAUGAGGAGUGAGCAGAUAUUCUGGCCAGUAUCAGCGGAUCAGAAAGACCGGAUUUGGCAGCUUUGCAAAAAACGUCUUCAGAGAAUGCCAAUACAAUAUGUAAUUGAAGAGUGGGAUUUCCGAGAGCUAACACUGAAGAUGAAACCACCAGUCUUUAUUCCACGUCCAGAAACAGAGGAGCUGGUAAACUUGGUUCUUGAGGAGUUCUCACAAAGUAGUUAUCCAGGAAAAAAUCCUACCUCUAUAUUUCUGGAAGUUGGGUGUGGGUCAGGAGCCCUGUCCAUCAGUUUAUUGCAUUCUCUUCCACAGAGUCAUGCUGUGGCCAUUGAUAAAAGCGUAGAUGCAAUAAAACUCAGCUUAGAAAAUGCUGAAAGGCUAAACGUCCACACCAGGGCAGAAAUUCUUCAGCUUGACAUCUUGACAGAUGCUGAAGAACUGUUACUGUUGUUAACUCAAAAGUACGGUUUAUUGGAUUUCAUCAUAAGCAACCCUCCUUAUGUGUUUCAAGAAGACUUUAUCCACUUGGCAGCAGAGAUUUUAAAUUAUGAAGAUCAUGGUGCUUUAAAUGGUGGAUAUGAUGGAAUGCAGGUUAUUAAAGCAAUAUUGUGCCUUGCACCGCAUGUUUUAAAGGAUUGUGGAAAAAUCUUUUUAGAAGUUGAUCCACGCCACCCAGAUAUGAUCCAAGAAUGGCUCCAAGUACAGCCAAGCCUUGGAUUGGAUUACAUAGCAACAAUUCAGGAUUUCUGUGGCAAGCCAAGAUUCUGUGUCCUUCAGAAGAGUAUGCAGAUGUAACAAGGAAGGUAUCUCUGUGAGGCCGCAACUAUAUGGCUGGUUACUCUGUAGAAUGAAACUACUAAUGUCUGUUUACAACAGCUAUAGUUAUUCUAAACUAAAUGUUUCAAUAAAAAGGUUUUAAUGUA